AUGCUGUAUCAUAGAAUGUCGAACACCAUAUCCCAUCGGGUAUCCUCACUCCAACCGUCCGCCGAUAUGACACUCAGCCUGCAGUCCCAAAAAAUUGUCGUCCCUGGCAGUGCGUCCACCUCUGGAAGAAGUGAUUGGUAUCCAGAAGCCUACAGUCUCCAUCAACAAUUAUUCUUAACACCGCUCUCAGAUAUGGGGAAGAUAACAAGAACUGCAUGCUUUGCAACAGCAGAUAGAGCUCUGAAGAACUCUAAUGAGCGAUCUCAGGCUGUGUAUCUCGGAGCAGAGAAUAUGUUAAUGGGCCAAGCUCAGGGGCGGUUGCCAGAGCCAUUUGCUGGCUCUCCUCCUUUCUACGACACUAUGUUGCUUCUACCUGUCGUUUGCGGGACUUCAAUCAUCAAGCCUGAGAUACUGGCCGAGAUACAUAAAGGUUUCUUCCAGGUUGAUAAUAAGUGGGCGUGUUAUAGGCGGAACUACUUUUCAAUUUCGUGUUCGUUUACUAUGCAACCUUGGCCAAGCGCUCCGUUGUACGUGAAGCUUUCAAAUCAGUGGACAGAACGCAUUACAAGGUUCGCCAUGUCAAUCUCCGCCAUUGUGAAUCAACAGGUCGCAGAAAUCCGCGACUUGGUUCAACACAGCCCAAAACGGGAUAAGCAGUCGGGCAGAAAACCGGGAAGGGUUAUAUUGCAGCCCUGUCAGCCUGAGCACUUGGUUGUUGGUCAUGAAGCAUCAUCAAGCAGCAUUCUACAUGGCUUACCAAAAGGCUAUCAGUCUACUGAGAGGCCCCUGGGUUACGAGGAAUAUCCGGGAGUAGUCCAGCCUUCACCACCCCCAUACCGGCACACGUUCGAGCGGGUCCAGUUCCAGAAGGCGACCGCGAACAACGGAAAGCGGCGAGCCCAGCAGCAGUACUACAACCUAGUCGUUGAACUCUAUGCUGAGGUCGCCAGCUCUGCUCGGGGAACUGAAAGCCAGUGGAUCCGGGUUGCCAGGCGACUAUCGCAUCCAAUGGUAGUCCGGGGUCGCUCUCCAAAUCACUUCAAAAACAACCGCCGCGACAGUCCGGCAAGCAUGGGU